GUUCUUCGAGGUUCUUGCGCUCGGACUUGUCUGACUGACCCCCCGGGGACCUCUUCGCAGGCUUGUGCACCUCCGCUCGUGAUCGCCAUCGCUGCUCGGGGUUUCGGCACAUCUGGGGCCCCCUGCUGCCUCCCGCUGUCUCCUGCCGGCCUUUUCCAGGCCCUCCUCGCUUUCGGACGAGGUCUUUUCGUGGUGGUUUGCCCUCUGGCUGCAUUGUGCAAGCGCGAGGCGAGAUAUGGUGGUCUGCAUUGCGCCCAUGCCUCUAGUUCUGUCUCGGGGGCCUUGCCGGGUGGCCAUUCGCGGCUCCGGUGCUCGGCUGUGUCCUGCUGCGGUCUGAAGUGAAGCAGGGGGGCGAGUGUGUCGGGAGCUUCGUAGUUCGGUCGUAAAUUGGAGAUCUAUGGAGGACAGGCUCAACAGCCAUGGGGAGAUAGUCUCGUGAUUCUGAAACUGAAGAGCGCAUUUCCAUCUGCGAGAGAAGUAGAUCGUGGGUUUUCUCAUAGCUUCUCCGAGCUUUGCCCUUCGAAUUGCCGUCUGCAUGUAAGUUUCUGAGGAGGGAGCAUCGAGGAUACGAGUAUGCACUGAUUUUGUCAUCCCGAGUUAGAUCCACGUGAUCCGAGGCUCUUCUUCUAGGUUAAUCGCACACAGGAGCUGCUGAACUGAACAGCUGCCCCCGAGUUUGAGCUAGACGCCGGGGAAGGGCCUGGGCUCAAGGUGUUUUUUUCUAUCUGCACUCCUUGCAAUGACGGAGAAUGUGCGCUGAGCAAGCUGUAGCAAGUACAUAAAUCUGUGUUUCACCACUUGUGGACCGGCCCGCACUGCGAGGCAUUUUUUGGCGGCAAUUUAUUUUAGAACUGGAUGUGCUCAACAGGUUAUCAUCAUCGAGAAUUUUAGCAGACCUCGCUCGCUGUGAAAGGCUUGGGGGAUUCUUCAAGACGAAGCCAGCCUCAGGAAAGGCGAACUGUGUCUCCAUUCUGCUCACGAGGCCCGUCUUUAUUCCGAGCGCGCCGAGGAUAAGGUUGAGGAACUCCGAACAAGCUCCUGGGAGCUGAAAACUAGGGCAACCGUCUCGCAGGAUUCAAGGGAUUGUACAAGUGGUUUGGAUUGACGGUCACCUUGUGAGAUGGUCUGAGGAUGCCCAGGUGGAAGAAGAGAAUUGAUUCGGGUAGCAGUUGGUUCGAGACGGUAGUUUUAUAAGCUUGACACUAGGUGAAAUCGGCUGUGAUCGAUCUAGCACUUAUUCACGGUCUGUGCUGUCAUGGUCGAGCAUAUUAGCGAUGAGGCAGUAGUUGAACCUGUUCGUUACAAUGGCCAUUUUCACUCCAGAAACGGACUCUGUGAGAUGGCCUUGAGUACAUUCAGGAAACAGGGAGCGGUCCUUGAUAUGUUGGUAAGCAAUGGCAAGGAACUCUCGGGUGUGAAGGAGAUCAAGAAAGUCACGUCGGUAUGGAAGCUCUUCAUGCUCAUCUUGCUUGGAGCUUGUGGUCUCUACAUGUGUUUGAUCGGAGUUGAUCAUCGCGUCACCUCUCAGCAGUCAUUCCUAUCUUCACAUCCAAUGAUGGACUAUGAAGGUGCCUGUACAAAAAAUUCCAGAAGUCCGUUCUCCGACAUUCCAGAGCACUUCCCCCGACCACAAAAGUAUGAUAGGGGUGAAUGUGCCUGCACGUCUGUACACUAUUUUGCCAUCUUGUCUAUGCAAAGAUCAGGAAGUGGCUGGUUUGAAACCCUCUUAAACGACCAUCCAAACAUUAGCUCCCACGGUGAGAUCUUUUCUGUUAAACCAAGGCGAGAAAAUCUGACAACGAUCAUCCAGACCCUUGAUGCUAUAUACAACCUCGAUUGGGUCAGCAGUGCCGCGAAGAACGAGUGCACCGCUGCUGUGGGGCUGAAGUGGAUGCUCAAUCAGGGAGUAAUGGAGUACAACAGAGAGGUUUCAGCAUACUUCAAGAGGAAAGGCGUUUCAGUCAUUCUAUUAGUGCGACGUAAUAUGCUCAAACGACUUAUAUCAAUUCUAGCCAAUGCGUAUGAUCGCCGCAUGAAACCCCUGAAUGGGACUCAUAAGUCUCACGUUCAUUCACAUGAAGAGGCUAAAACUUUGGCAAAAUAUAAGCCCGUGAUAAAUGUCAAGCAUUUACCCGACAAUUUGCGUCGAGUACAAGAAAUCACUGACGAUGCUCUUCAUUUUUUCAAUGGCACUCGUUUGGCCCUUGUGUAUUAUGAGGAUUUGGUGAGAAACCCCAAGAGCAUCGAGACAGUACAGGAGUUUCUUGGUGUACCUGCGAGGAAACUGGAAAGCAGGCAGGUGAAAAUCCACACCAAGCCAUUGCAAGAACAGAUCGAGAACUGGGAAGAAGUUCUCACUAGAUUAAAGGGAACUGAGUUUGAAAGUUUCCUUGAAGAUAACGAUUAUUCUAAAUGAGGCGGAGAGCUCUUUGCCAAGCCUCAUAAAUCAACCCUCUAAACCUUGUGCAGAUUUUCCACCCUUUUUCCCCUAGAAACACUUACGUGGAUGUAGAAGACGGUCUCUUUUUAGUUUAGAAUCCUCAGAGUUAGCCUGUCAAAGACACCUCGACGUGAGUUACCCCGUUGGAGCUGAUACGUUUUUCAGCAAUCGCUGAAGAAUUGGCCAUCCUUGAUCUUCUGGAGAACCUGUCUUGAUUCAUGGGAGUUGCAAGUUUUCGGCAAACGACCUGUCAAUCUCUUUCUUGGUCCAUGAGGAUUUCUUGGAUCGUUGUAUUUAUAUCAAAGAUGAGAUUAUAUGUCCAGCCUUGCAAUUUUCAAGGCUGGAUUGUUUUAACAUUCACUCUUA